UAAAACUGCUGCGUUUUGCAGCUCACACCUUAAGAUUGGAAGUGUUGCGUGUUACUAACCUACCUGUCAGGCUGGACCAGUCCAAAAAGUAAACCGUGGGGUAAAAAGCAGCCUCUUAGAUAUGACAAUUAUUCGCCGAAGACUCUUAGAAGGGGUGUGACGUGAAAACAGGAUAUCACAAGAGUAUUUAUCUGAAAUCCCGCAGCUGCGGCGAUCAGACACAGAUUGACUCAGAAGGAACCAGUUGAUCGGUCAGCUGCAAAGAAUUUUUCAGUAAUCUGAGAACAAUGGAGGGGUGAGAAGGAGUGGAAGGUAAAAGGAGCCGUGAGGUGACAUGCAUGGGAGGAACACUCCUCGGAGCUCAUGAGGAGCCUCACACUUCAGCCUGCCGAGGAGGUGGGGACACGAGGCUGGUGCUGGACACACUCGACGUGCUCAUGACUGAACUCUUAAACCCUGAACAGACUAUACUUCUCCAAGACAACAACUGGGAAGCUCUUGCCCACCUGGGAAUAUUCUAACUUUGCACCAGCGGGAUGAAUGAAAUCACAAAAGUAGAAAGAAGGGUGACGUGAACGUGGCCGGUGUCACACAACAGGAGUCAGUAGUGGGGAACUUUCAAAGGUGUCCCAGAGACACGGCCGGUCUGCGGUCAUGUCCAACUCCCAAGAGCAGAGCCUGGAUGAGCACGCGGUGUUCCUGCCGGUGGAGGAGUUCUCUCCGGAGUUCCUCCACUGUGAGAGGGAGCGUCAGCUGAUGGAGAGGCUCCUGGACGCGGGGCCGGAGGCCUUCUACGGCGCCGUCGGCACGGAGCACCGCGGCUGCUUCCUGUCCUCGGAGGAGGUCAGCCAGAUCACCGGCUGGGCUCAGGACCGUCGCUUCAGCCGGCUGCAGGCGCACGGUCAGGAGAACGGAGAGGAUGGCAGCUCAGAGGCGGAGAACGUCUGCUCCACCUACUUCCCCUGCCACUCGGACACGCCGGCCCCCAACCUGGACCUGGGGUGGCCUGAAAAGGGCCCCUCGGUGCAAAAGGGAGGCGUUACGGUCCACACCAGCCCGCCUGCUGAAGGAGAACCUCCCGUCAGGCAGAUCGUCAGACAGCACUUGCAAAAAGCUGGCCAAGUAAUAGCCAUUGUGACGGACCGAUUGACGGACAAUGCAAUAAUUGGCGAUUUACACGCUGCUGCUUCACGGGGAGUCCCUGUCUACAUCAUCCUCAACCAAAGGUCCAUUCAAGAGAACUUCACGCUCAACAGGCUCAGGCAUCCGAACAUGCGCGUCCGUGUUCUUGGAGGGAAAACCUUUGGUUCAAGGACGGGACAAACGGUGGUCGGGGAAAUGAAAGACAAUUUCCUUCUGGUGGAUCUGGAGACAGUGAUUCAUGGCAGUUACGGCCUCACGUGGACGGACGCCCACCUUCACCGGCAGCUGAUCACGGUUCUGAGCGGCCCGGUUGUUGAAUCCUUCGAUCGGGAGUUCAGGAUCCUUUUUGCCGCCUCGCUCCCCGUCCCGGACACGCGGAGGGUCGCAGGGGCUCACGUGGAUGGGCCUCGCCAGCUGAACGACUACUCAGAACUUGAGUUUAAAAGACGCCACCAUUUGGAGCCUGAGAAUAUCAAUCCUCCGUCCCCUCCUGAUGAUUACCUCCUGGACUGGGAAGCCAUGGGGGUCGUCCAGAGAAACCGCUGCUUCUCAGAAAGUCCCUUUAGUCGGAGCGAGGAGGCCGCGGAAAUACCCCCGCGGAGCAAAAUGCUGUUUAUGAAAAACACGGCGACUGGGGAGGGUUCCUCUCGCGAUGGAAACCGGUUUUGGGAUAAUAAAAGGCUACAGGAAAACACAGCUCAAGGGACCAACAAUGUACCAGAUAGAUCAACUUUCAAUUCUGUUCUCAGGGACAUUGAUCAUUUUCACAGCAACGCACAGCUGUGGUCGCCGAACCCGACAUCUCAAGAAAGAAUGAAAAGGGCGGAACACAUUAUAGAUAAAGGAAUUUACCGGCAACCCUACAUUGAGAAGAGCAGCACAUUAGAUGUGACAACAAAACCUAAUGAUGAUAAAGCAACAGAGCCAACAGAAGAUGUACUUUCUUAUUUUAAGAGAAGAGAGCGGUUGAGGGCCGAGGCCGCGUUGGAAGUAGAGAGCACCAUGAAGGAAAUGAGCGCCACACCAUCCUCUAGAACGCCUUUAAUCCUAAAACUGCCGCUGUCUGAGAGCUUCAGCUCCCUGAGUGACAUUAUGAAGAAGAUUCCCGCUCGGCAGAGCACUCCGGCUCCCGGGAAAGGAUCCAGGGCCGCCCUGUCAGAACUGAGCCGCUCCAUGAUGGAGCUGAGCGCACACAACCAAGAUGGAGAUGACGACAGAGUGCCGCUGCCGCGGUUUAAGUCCAGCGGCUUUGACCCGGAUUAUAUGACACCAGCUCUAGCUCUGAUGAAGAAGAGGAACGAUGAGUUGAAACCUUCAUUGUACAGAACCCCCAAAAACUUUCUCCCCAGAGAGAGGCCCCGCAGCUUCAGUUAUGGACUGUGGGGGGGAAAGAGAGUCUCACUGGAAGAGACGGAUGGAGAACAGAAUUGAGGAGCGAGGAAACCAAUACAUGAGCAAUGCGUUCUGUAACAACAUCUUCUGCCACUGAAGUAAAGGCAGCUGCCAUUAGUUGCUAGUUACAACCUCGGCAGUGUUAAGUAACCAAACUAAGACGGGUGUUAGGUAUGAAAUGAAUGUAAUACAUGAUUUUUAAAAGAAGGUGUUUGCAUGCUGAUAAGAUGGUAAAAGGUUCCGUCCCGAGGUUACACUAACAGAUCUUUUCAAGCAGGUGCCAGUGUACAAACUACUAAAUGAUGACUUUAUGAGCCUACAGGAAAAUUACAUGUAAAUGAAUAAUUAAAACUAUUCCCUAGUAUUGAGCUAAUAUGUGGCACAGCAAAAAAGACUGUUUUCACUUUAAAUAGUAAUGUUGAGACAUUUUGAAUAAAGAGAAAGAAAUUUGCAUCAGCAAACU